GCCUUCAUUGUACAGAAUGUGGUUUGUGCCUUUUUCCUCAACUUUUUUUUUUUCACCGCUCACACUGCUUCUGUUUAGGCAAAGAGAAAGGAAGUAGCGACAGGCUAGCUGGUUAGCCGGUCUGAAACCACACAGUCUGUCAGGAAAGAGUGGACUUUUGAACCUAUUUUAUUUCAGAGCGUGCUCUUCUUUAUGUAACAUAAACGUAGUAUUGAGAAGGCUACGUUUUUUUUGACGGUUUGUUUUAUUUUCUCUCCACUCCGGUUUCAAGCCCUCUAACUGAGUCAACCAGAGCUUUGUCUGGCUGGUACUCAACCGUUGUUAGCCUGGUCGGAACAAGUCAGCCUUGGUUUCAUCAAAGGAGAAAACAAACAACAAACGAAAAGCGACGACUUCGUUCUUUAUUUUUUUUCACCAGUUGAGGUUGAAUCUCGAAGAAUGCAGUCAAGGAUUACACCAAGGCGAUGAGAACAACACCCAGGAAAGGUGCUGCGUGGUGAGAGGGAAGUAGUGGGUGCGGCAUGCUGAGGUCACUCCCCCUGCCUCAGGAUGAGUGUCAGAGAUGGCGCUGCCACCAUGGUAACGAACGCAGGUGGAGGAGCGGGGGGAGGUGGGCCAGCUAGCCCUAAUGAUAAUGAUGGCCGCUCAUACCUGCUCCAGAUCUACCCACGACUGGCUGCCCAGUCCUCCACCUGCUGCAACCUUAGAGUACAGAAGGAUGCAACAGCAGCCUCAGUGAUCUCUGAUGCUGCCACGGUACUGGGGCUGGACCCCAGCCGUAUGUAUGUAUUAGCAGAGGUGAAGGAAAGCGGUGGGGAGGAGUGGGUGCUAGAGGCCGGAGACUUACCAGCACAAAGGUUUCUGCUGUGGCCUCGCAAAGCCCAGGAACAACACCCCCAGAGUCUUGGCUUUUACUUCUUACUACAGGAGAGGAACCAUGAUGGCACUAUCCAUUAUGUCCACCUCCCGUCUGUGGCUAAGGAGCAAGAGGCACAGCGUCUCGCCGCCAGGGGCUUUCUUCCCCCUCCACAGGACGACUUUGCAGAUCUCUGCAACCUCCCUGUCCUCAGUGAGGACAGCAUAUUAAACAACCUGCGCACACGCUUUUACAAGAAAAAGAUCUACACCUAUGCAGGCAGCAUCCUCAUCGCCAUCAACCCCUUCAAGUUCCUGCCCAUCUACAAUCCUAAGUACGUGAAGAUGUACGAGAACCAGCAGCUGGGCAAACUGGAGCCUCACAUUUUUGCUAUUGCAGAUGUGGCCUACUAUGCUAUGCUCAGGAAGAGAGUCAAUCAGUGCAUUGUCAUCUCUGGGGAAAGUGGUUCAGGCAAAACCCAGAGUACCAACUUUCUCAUCCACUGCCUGACUGCACUCAGCCAGAAGGGUUAUGCCAGCGGGGUGGAGAGGACCAUACUGGGAGCUGGACCAGUCCUUGAGGCCUUUGGGAACGCCAAGACAGCACACAACAACAACUCCAGCCGCUUUGGUAAAUUCAUCCAAGUUAAUUACCUGGAGAGCGGAGUGGUCAGAGGUGCUGUGGUGGAGAAGUAUCUCCUGGAGAAGUCUCGUCUGGUCUCCAGAGAGAAGAAUGAGAGGAACUACCACGUGUUUUACUACCUGUUGUUGGGAGCUUCGGAGGAAGAGAGGAAGGAGUUUAAGUUGCUACCGCCCGAAGACUACUUCUACCUCAAGCAGCAAAACUUCAAGAUAGAAGAUGAGGAAGACCUGCGUCAUGACUUUGAAAGGCUGCAGCAAGCAAUGGAGAUGGUUGGCUUCCUUCCUGCCACUAAGAAACAGAUCUUUUCUGUACUUUCCGCCAUCUUGUAUCUGGGCAACGUGACCUACAGGAAGAAGUCCACAGGCAGAGAUGAGGGGUUGGACGUAGGACCACCAGAGGUCCUGGCUACGCUCUCUGAUCUGCUAAAGGUCAAAGAGGAGUUGCUGGUUGAGGCGCUGACGAAGAGGAAAACGGUGACAGUUAACGACAAACUAAUCCUCCCCUACAGCCACUCUGAGGCUAUCACAGCCAGAGACUCCAUGGCCAAAUCUCUCUACAGCGCCUUGUUUGACUGGAUUGUCCUACGCAUCAAUCAUGCACUGCUUAACAAGAAAGAUAUGGAGGAGUCGAUCCCAUGCUUGUCCAUCGGUGUCCUUGACAUUUUUGGCUUUGAGGACUUCGAAACCAACAGCUUUGAGCAGUUCUGCAUCAACUAUGCUAAUGAGCAGCUACAGUAUUAUUUCAAUCAUCACAUCUUCAAUCUGGAACAGGAGGAGUACCAAGCAGAGGGAAUCACCUGGCACAACAUCGACUACACAGACAAUGUGGGCUGUAUCCAUCUCAUCAGUAAGAAACCCACUGGCCUGCUCUACCUGCUGGAUGAGGAGAGCAACUUUCCCCACGCCACAGAUGAAACAUUAUUAGCUAAAUUCAAGCAGCAGCACCAGGGGAACAAAUACUUUGUCCCCACGCCAGUCAUGGAGCCUGCCUUCGUCAUUCGACACUUUGCUGGAAAAGUCAAAUAUCAAAUCAAGGACUUCCGGGAGAAGAACACAGACCACAUGCGUCCAGACAUCGUGGCAUUGUUGCGGAGUAGUGACCGUGCGUAUGUGCGGCAGCUCAUUGGCAUGGAUCCAGUGGCCAUGUUUCGGUGGGGCAUCCUGCGUGCCACCAUCAGAGGGCUUGCUGCUUUUAACGAAGCUGGCCGCUCCUGGGCUGCUAAAACUUCAGGUGUUGUCCGUCCGAUUUCCAGAACUCCUUUAGGAGAGCUUAAGCAGUCCAAUGCCCCGAUAGACAGAAUGUACAAACGAGCGUCUAUGCUCGAUUUCUACUUUGAUCACUCAGAGGAACGCCCUCUAGAGGCCUUUGAAGACAUCUUUGCUAGCUAUGAGAGUAAGAAAGAUAUGCAUGCAGAGAUCAUCAGCUCCAUUAAGAACUUGCAGUUGGAUGGUGAGGACCCUCGUAAGCUGCUGCAGUCCUGGGGUCGCCUCCGCUUCCCUCGACACGUCCUCCAAAAACAGAAGAGCACUAAGCAGAGGCAGGUCAUCCCCAAGAAUUUGCUGGAUUCUCGGUCUCUGAAGUUCAUUGUGAGCCUGACGCUGCACGAUCGCACUACAAAGUCUCUGCUCCACCUGCACAAGAAGAAGAAGCCCCCCAGCAUCAGUGCCCAGUUUCAGACCUCUCUGACCAAGCUCUUGGAGACUCUGAACAGAGCAGAGCCUUUCUUCAUUCGCUGUAUCCGUUCCAAUGCUGAGAAGAAGGAGAUGUACCUGGAUGAAGCCUUGGUGAUUCAGCAGCUUAGAUACACAGGAAUGCUGGAAACUGUUCGCAUCAGGAGGUCAGGCUACGGCGCCAAGUACACAUUCCAGGAGUUCUUAGAGCAGUUCAGGGUUCUGCUGCCAAAGAACACCACUGCCUUUAAAGAGGACAUCUCAGAGCUCCUUGAGAAGAAGAUGGGUCUGGACUCCACCACGUACCAGAUAGGCAAAACCAAGGUGUUCUUGAAGGAGCUGGAGCGACAGCAGCUGCAGGACGCGCUGCACAAAGAUGUAAUGCGUAAGAUCAUCUUCCUUCAGCGCUGGUUCAGAGCUUGUCUGCAGAGGAGGGAGUUUCUGGACAUGAGACAGGCAGCCAUCUUGAUUCAGCGUUCAUGGCGCAGGUACUGCAAAGAGGAGCAAAGGCGACGGGCCGCCACUCUGAUCCAGGCCAUAUGGAGAGGGUACAGACAGAGAUCAGAAAACCGCCUCAAAAGUCAGGGUGCUACCAAGAUACAAGCCCUGGUCAGAGGACAUUCAGCACGUAGAAGGUGCCAGUCCUUGCGUGAGGAGAAAAGGAGAAAGGAGGAGGAGGAAAAAGAAGCUCGGAAGAGAGCAGAAGAAGAGGAAAGGAGGAGGACAGAAGAAGAAGCAGCACAGAGAAAAGCAGAAGAAGAGGAAGCACAGAGGAGAGCAGAGGAAGAAGAGGCAGCCAGAAAAAUGCAGGAAGAAGAGGAAAGACUGGCGAGUGAGCCUCAAACAAGAGACGAUCCAGAUAUAGAGCUUGUCACAGAGGAGAUGCUGCAUGACAACCUCCUUGUUCAGGAGACAGAGAAGGGGAAAGAAGAGGAGGAGGAACAGGCCAAGGAUGAAGAGCUGGAGGGUGGGGAACUGGAUUUGGAAACCAAUGGUACGGUGGCUGAGGCUGGACCACAGCUGGAUGAGAAAGAAGAUGAUGAGGAUUUGGAGAACCAAUCACUGGGAGAGUCAGAUUUAAAUCCUGUUCCUCCCUCUGACGCACUUGCACCCACAUCUCAAGAUGAAGGGUUGGAUAAACAGGCACCUGGUGAUACCUCCGUGCCUUCAAGUGCUGAACAAAAGAGAGCAUCAACCUCAGCAAUUAACAAGGGCCCAUUAUCCAGAAGCCAGGAGAAGAGAGAACAAAGGCGACGAAGAGGGCUUGAACACAACCAGAGAGAGACUGAACGGGCUUCAUCCUCAGCCACCAGCAAAGAUGAAACAUCCUUGCCGAUCAGCAAAAGCCCAGAGACCUCUAAGUUAAAAGAGCGGGCAGAGAGUAAGGAGCUGGACCAGUACACCUUUGUGGCCUGGAAAAUGAAGGAAGACAAAGGAGGAAAGAAGGAGGCAAAAACUUCCCCUUCUGCCGGUCCUGUUCGUCCGUCUACGUUAUCGCUGCAGCCUGCUGACCCUGUGCCUGAAAGAAAUGGUUUGGGUGAGGGUGGUGGAGUAGUAAACCUGCAUCGCCGUCCUGGUGCAAUUAAGGAGAAGCCGGAGAAGUGGAAGGGGAGGAGGAGUGAUGGAGAAUUCUCUGAGGGCACCAGCCCUUCUCAACCUCAUAACAGAGAGGAAAGGAGGAAAAAGCAACCACUGAGUGACACUGCCUCCUCAUCAAUUGACAGUUUGUCUCCAGGCUCUGAGGGGGCUGGUGCUAUUUCAGCCAAAGAGAUUUCCCCCUCAGAAGGCCAUGGUGAGGGCUCAAAGGGAAGCUCCAUCAGAAGAAAACACCAAGAUGGUCACCAGGACUCUACACAGUCUGUCCCGUCCACACCAGACAGCAGGCCUGGUGGAUUCUUUAGCAAGAUUUUGAAAAAGCGGGGUAAGGAGGCCCAGACUCCAGAUAACGGGGAGUUGACACUUGCUCAGGUUCUCAGUGAGAGGCCAGCAGGAGGGGAAGCCCCAGCGUCUGGGCAUGCGUCACGGCCUGUUUCCCAGCCUCAGGGGGACCGUGCUGGUAAAGGUUUAGGCCGCAACCCCACCAUCAAGAUCAGUCGUGCCACACGGGUGUCUGAGCAGUGGAACGCCUCGCUGGAUCGGGAAAUCACCAACGCCAAUGAGCUGCGGCACCUCGAUGAGUUUCUGGGGAACCAGGUCAAUGAUUUCCGCUCUAGGGGGAAGUCGCUGUCAGCCACAGAGGCCAUCUUUGUUACAGCCACAAUGCAGUUCAGAGAGACUAUCAAAGACAUGUAUUCUCUCCCAAAACCCACCAUUGGCUACAAAGGUCUGAUGACGGGCUACAAGAACAAAGUGAUUCACCUGGCAGGCGACACGCAGAAAGGAGAAGUGCCGCUUGUAGUCAACCUCUUCCAGUCAGUGCUGGACGGCUUCAUCAGGGGAGAGAUGAAGAAGGAGGAGGCUGAGCCCGCAAAGCCUGCUAAAACUAGGAAGAAGAGAAGGAAAAAAGAUAAAAGUAUGGAGAGCCCCCUGGAUCAUAAUUUCAUCAACUAUCAGGUCAACAUUAUGCAGUCGUGUGACCAGUGUAGUUCUUACAUCUGGGGCAUGGAAAAGGCCUACAUGUGCAGCUAUUGUAAAAUGGUGUGCCACAAGAAAUGCCUCUGCAAAAUAGUCACUGACUGCUCCACCUUCUGUGCCAAAAAGAGUGAUGAGGAGUUUAAUGGUCAGCACUUUGGCGUGCGAGUGUGUCACCUGGUCAACGAUAAGAACCCCGUACCCAUGGUGUUGGAGAUGAUGCUGGAGCAUGUGGAGAUGCACGGCCUCUACACCGAGGGCAUCUACCGCAAGUCUGGCUCUGCCAACCGCAUGAAAGAGUUGCACCAGCGGCUGGAGACCGAUCCCCACAUUGUCUGCCUUGAAGACUAUCCCAUCCACACAGUGACGGGCCUGGUGAAACAGUGGCUGAGGGAGCUACCAGAUCCACUCAUGACAUUCGCACAUUACAAUGAUUUCCUGCAUGCAGUAGAACUGCCAGAGAAGCAGGAGCAGCUUCAUGCUAUAUACAAAGUGCUGGAAGAGCUUCCCACAGCAAACUUCAACACAUUGGAGAGACUCAUCUUCCAUCUUGUCAGGGUGUGCAAAGUGGAGGCUCACAACCGCAUGUCUCCUAACUCGUUGGCUAUAGUUUUCGCCCCGUGUAUCCUGCGAUGCCCAGACAGCGCCGACCCGCUGCUCAGCAUGAAGGAUGUUGCCAAGACAACCACGUGCGUGGAGAUGCUCAUCACUGAACAGAUCAGACGCUAUAAUGAGAAGAUGGAGGAGAUCGAGCAGCUGGAGUACGCGGAGGCUCUGGCUGUCAACCAGCUCAAACUCAAGAGGCAGAACACGCACUACUGGCAUUUACCUCUCAGGUUCUCAGCUCCUUACAAAGGAGUGGUGAUGCACGAGAAGGUGAGUUCUGAUCUAAGCGCGGUCCCUGAGAACGAGCCUCUGGACUCAGACGCAGAGGCUGAGAAGAAUUUGGUGGAACGCAUCAAGUCCAUCAAACAGGAGAAAGAGGAUCUGGCCUGCCGACUGCCAGAGAUGGAGCAGCCUGGUUCAGACCAGGAGAACUUGGACUCCGAGGCCUCGCUGAGCUCCGAGAGUCUUUUAGACGAACAGCAGCGCUCUUCUGUACACAGUUCAGAGCCUGAAGGACGAGGUGGUGCCCACCUGAGGAGAUUCAAGCCAGUUUGUCCACCCAAACCGGCAGACCUGGCCCAGAGACCUAAAGUCCCCGGUGGACGCAUCUCUCAGCCAAGCCUCACCCCUUCUAGCUCCACCUCCUCUUUGUUCAGCUGCGCUUCUUCAAUCUCUGAAUCCUUCAACGCCUCCUUCAGGCAUCCGCUACAACGCCGCAACCCUGUCAUCCCGGAUACAGUUAAACUCCCCCCGGGCAUCCUCCCUCAGUCUGCAGCCUCCAGUCCGACUCACACCCCUCCUGGAAAUCGACCCUUAAAGUGCUUCAGGAGGAGAGAGCAUCCGGGCCGCCGCAAAGACAGCACCCAGUCCCUCUACAUUGACAGCCCAGAGUGUGACCUGUUGCUGCAUUUUUCCUCCUGCCCUCCCUCCGCUUCCUGCUCCUCCACGUCUAUCUCCGUGGUAGCACCCUCUUCUCAGCAUCAGCACCGUGACACGCAGGCCUCAAAGGACCAGAGACGUUUUUCUGACCCAGACAUACCUUUUAUGGACGAUGAUGUCUGAUGAAGGACAAACAGAAAAGAUAGUGAAAAGGAUUAUGGGCUACAGCCUCCGAGCAGACAAAAGGAAAUGAUUGUAAAUCAGUUGCCACGGAUGACAAUGAUGGCUUGUGGAGAGCCACAAGAGGACAACAUCACAGUAUAGGAACAUCACCUGUACAUGUGAAUGAAAAUGAGUGAUGAUUUGAAAAGGAAUGGCACAAAAUGGAGGUGGUUGCUGUUGUCUGUGUCAUCCAAAAUGAAAAUAUGUCUAAAGAUGUGUUGGCCUCAGUGACUGUAAAAAUAAGCAGACGUAAUGUUGCCAAGCACCUUUUCUACCAUAUUAAUAUAUAUAGUGGUUACUGUUGACGACUCCAGUCAGAACAGAGGCGGGUUUUCCUGUAGCCUCACAUGAUGGACCAGCAGUUUUGUUUUCUUUCUCCAGUUUUGUUUUUUAACACAUUUGUGCUAAUUCAAGAAAACAUUGCAGGUUCCAGUCGCACUUUUCAUUUCGUAGUUCUCCCAAUGGGCAAAAUGUGCUCACUGAAAUGUUCACUAGUGCCUUGGUUAUGUACAGAAAGUUGACAACAUUCAUUUCUCAUGUUAUGUUCUGGACAGAGCAGCGAUAGCGAGUUUUAUGUGGGAUAAAGUGAGACUACCUUUGUCCUAGACUUUUGUGCUGAUUGUACUGAAUGGACACAGGACAUUUUGAGACAAGGACACAACAGUAAACAUGCACAAAUUUACUGUCUUACAGGUGCCUUGUCACAACAGUCGCAGUUGACAGCAGUGUCUUUCAACCUUUACCCUCCACCUGCUGCACAGCAAACCCCAGAUAGAACAUUUCCUCACAUAGCAAAGGGAAAUGGGAGCAGCACACGCCACUUUUUUCCUUCAAUACAAUAAACACACAAACCCAACCAUGCCACAAUGUCUUUAAAGCUCCAAGUCCCCCCCACCGCCUUACCCUUAUCUAAAAAAAUAAACUUGGCUUCACUCAGCUGCACCGUACCUGCCAUUCAAAGUUAACAUAAUGAGCAGGUUCUGCUGAAGCACAGCUUUGGUCAGCUUUGUAUGAAAUGUAAUACUAAUGUUCCUCUUUGACUGCUGUUGAAUGAUGUCUGUUAGGUUGGCUGGAGUAUGAGGACAAUGUUCUGAUGUGUAAUGUGUAACUAGAGAGUGUAUAGUUGGGACUGAAUGAUGUGAACUGUAAUGGCUAUUAGUAUUAACGUGACAAUACAGAAGGUGAUGCUUGUAA